AUGUUGCUGAGGUGAGGAAUUUUGAAUUUUUGAAACGAAAUUUGAAAAAAAAAAGAUGACAAUAGGUUAGGCUGACGAUCUAACUUUGAAACUGAAUUUUUGAAUUUCAAAAAUAAAAAAAAGAGGAUGACGUGGCAAUUUUUCCUUUUAUUUUUAAAAUUCAAAUCUUGCCACGUCAAAAGUUUUUUUUUCCGAAUUAGGGUUUUUGAAAACACGAAAUCACUCGAAGAGCUGCCAAGGUUUAAAAAUGAAAUUCAAUUUUAGCCAGAAUCCACGAGGUCUCUUUAACUGUCAAAAUCAAGUAAUUUCCCUUAAUUCCAGCUCAAAAAUCCCUGAUUUUUCAGCCAACAAUAUGCUCAUCAAUCACUUCAUUCCAAUAAUAAUUGCUGCAAUUUUUUUGAAUUUCCCACAAAAAACAGGUAUUUCGCUUUAUUAUCUUUUCUUCAAUAAUAAAUCAAAAAGCUAUAGAAAACAUGUGUUUUUCUUGAAUUAAAACUCUGAAAAUUUGUGGCGAGAUAAUCCAGAAUAACCUUGUUUUUGCCACGUCAUAAACAAUUCUAUCAUAAAAAGUUUGUUUGGGGUUGGUUGUAAAACCAAAUUAUUCUCAAGUAUUUAUUACAAACCUCCCUCCCCCUCCCCUUCCGAAUUUGAUCAAAACUUGUAUAAUUUUUGGGAAAAUGUAUAUUCCUCAAUUUUUUGUCAAAGAUUUUUCGGCGCCAGGUGUGUUUAUGACUCAUGUUAGGGCCGCGUUCCUUGUAGAAAAAAUUCCCUCAAAAAAUCUUUUCAUUGUGAAAAUUAUGCGAAUUCCUACGAUUCCCGAGCGAAUUUUGGGUGUUUUCGGUGGGAAAUUAUCAUAUUCUCACUCAAAUUUUGGGAAAAAAAUUGAAUUUUUUGUAGAAUCUUGUCUUCCUCAAUGGUUUCGCGAAGAAAGAUCGGCUGGUUUUGAAGCGACAAAUGAAAUUUUGGAGCAAAAUGUGGAGGAAAAUGAUAAGAAGAAAAUUAUUGAGCAAUUGAGUGAGUUUUACUGGGGCUCAAAAAGUUCCUCAUUCUCAAAAAAUGUUUCUUUUUCAGCUGAUGAUGAAAAUGAAUAUGAAAAUCCAAGUGUGAUAGAUGGUUUUGAAAGUUCGCAAGAAAGUCAAUUUAUUCAAGAAGAAGAAGAAGAAUCGCAAGAAGUGCAAUAUAAUUUGGCGGCAACAAAAUCGCCGACAACUUCGAUGAGUCCAGAAAUGGAACGAAAAAUGGAACAAUUGAUGAUUGAAAAAUGCACAAAUCAUUGCGAGAAUAAUGCAACAUGUAGUUUAGAAAUGUAUUAUAAAUCUGCUGAAGAAGGCACUAUUAUUAUUCCCAUUUGCCAGUAAGUUAGAUUCUGAGAGACGGGCGAAAAAUAUAUAUGUAUUUUAAAGGGAAAAUUGAAAAGUCAGAAUUUUGGACCAAAAACAGGAAUUCCGGAGUUUAGAGAAAAUAAAAUAUAAGCUUCAAAUUUGAACACACAAAUCUCUUUUUUACAGUUGUAAGGCUGGUUGGGAAGGUCAACAAUGCGAACGUCAAUAUGUUCAAGAAUUCUACGCGGCAAUUUCUGGAAAUGGACAAAAUGUACGUUUUGUUAUGUUGACUGGCAGAUUAAUCUCAUCACAAACCCAAAAAAAUGUAAUUUUUUGUUGAAAACACCUCCUAAUAAUCAUAACUAACAAAAAUAAUAUGGAAAAAAUGAAGAAAAUUUGUAAUUUUUCCCGAAAUUAAACCAAAAAAAAAAACUGCAUGAUUUUUUGAAUUUCUAACAUUUUCUGCAUGUGUGCUCUAAUUUGAUCUAAUUUCGAAUUAUCUUUCGAACAAAAAUUUUGAAGGUUUCUUCCACGCACAACAGAGUUGCCAAAACUCAAAAUGUCAAAAAACCGGCAACUGAAACUACGAAUUUUUUUGGAGAUUUUUCAUUUUUGGUAUGUUAGGAAUAAAAAUAUAUUGAGAAAAAGAACAUUUUUAAAAUUCUAAGAUUUUUAUCUUGAAAAAAACGUUGAAAAUAUUUGUUUGCAGCAAAAUCCUUCAUCUGCAGUUCCAGCAGUCACUUUUCUUAUUCUCAUGUUGAUUAUGUUUGUAUCGAUUGUUUUGUAUGCGUAUAAAAGGUGAGUUGAUUUUUAAAUUUUCACCAGAAUUGAUUUAUUUUUAAAAUUUCUAUAGUUUUAAAAGAAAAUCCCAAAUUGUUUUGUGUUUUGCUAAAAAUCCACGUGGCACAAAACGUUUUUCCAAUUUGUUCCCAUUUUUUUCAGAAUGUCUCGACGAAUCGAUGAAACAACAUACACAAUGAGUCAUAUGUGUCCACCAGAAGCUUUCACAGUUCUCAAAACUCCGUGUGGUCGAAAAAUAUCAGUUCAUGAAUCGCUUUUCUCAUCAUCGGCUUCAUCUUCUGGCGCAUCAGGAUUAGGACAAGCGAAUUCAGGAUUUGGCACAAGAAAUGCUCGAAGAUUGAAUUCGAAUUCUGGUCCAAUUAUGACAUCAACUCCAGCUGUUCAUUUACCUCAAAGAACACCGGCUGUUCGAAUUUUGGAAAAACCAAGCAUUUUUCAAAUUCUUCGAAAUCAAGGAUCGAUUCCAUCGCGAAGUAUCAAUGAAAAUGACACGCCGAAAUAUUAUAAAUCAGUUCCACGUGUCGAAGUAUCAGCAAUUAAUUAUUCAGGACAUAUUGAUUUUUCGAAUAUUCUUGAGACACCGGUGAGUAUUGGAAAUGGAAAGAGGGUGUAAAGUUGGAAAGUUGUUUGAAAAUUCUUGAAAAGCUCGGGAUCUUUGAAAGGAAUCUGAAAAAUUCAAAAAUUCUGAAUGUUUGUUUGAGUUUACAAAAUUACUCAUGUACCUGCGGAGUUUCCUUGUAAAUACUACGACACUCCGAAGUUACUCCCAUUAUAUUAUAUUUUUCAGGAAGAAAGUCGACCGCAUCGAACAUCUCCGCCUCCACAUAUAGUUAUUCAGAUGGAUGAAGAGGUUUUUUUUUUGCCUGCAAAUUUUCAACCAAGAAUUCUUUAUUUUUUCAGAGCACCCGAUCAACUCUCGAUCCAACCACUUCACCAAUCGCCAGACUGUGA